UUAGUUUUCUUAUUGGUUUUUCAACUGGCUCAGUUGUUAAUUUAGUUAUUUCAUUUGCUAGUUUUAUCAUCUUAUCUUGGUUAAUUGUUUUACCAGCUUGGCCUAAAUAUAAUCAAAAUCCAAGUAAUUGGCAACAAGUCAAAUAUGAAUUUUAAUCAAGAGUCAAAUCUUUUUUUGGGGUUUGAUUUAUCAACUCAACAGUUGAAAAUUAUUGUUAGUAAUGAAAAUUUAAAACAUUUGGAUACUUAUAACGUUGAAUUUGAUUCGGUUUUCAAAGAGAAAUAUGGAAUUCAUAAAGGAGUUAUUGAAAAUGAUGAAACCGGGGAAAUCUUAUCUCCAGUACUUAUGUGGUUAGAUUCGAUUGAUUACGUUUUUAAUGAAAUGAAAAAGGAUAACUUCCCCUUUGAUAAAGUUAAAGGUGUAAGUGGUUCUGGUAUGCAACAUGGAUCAAUCUAUUGGUCCGCUGAUGCUAAAAAGUUAUUGUCCAAUUUGGAUUCGAAUCAAGAUCUUUCUAGUCAAUUAGACGACGCUUUUUCUUUCAAGACUUCUCCUAAUUGGCAAGAUCAUUCUACUGGUAAAGAAAUCAAAGAUUUCGAAAAUGCAGUAGGUGGUGCAGAUAAUUUGGCUGAUUUGACCGGUUCAAGAGCUCAUUAUAGAUUUACUGGUUUACAAAUUCGUAAAUUAGCAACUAGAUUGAAUCCAAAAUUGUAUAGUCAAACUGAGAGAAUUUCUUUGGUUUCAAGUUUUGUCGCUAGUGUCUUGUUAGGUUCAAUCACAAAUAUUGAACAAGCUGAUGCUUGUGGUAUGAAUGUUUAUGAUAUUUCUCAAAAUUCUUAUAAUGAUGAAUUAUUAGCAGUUGCCGCCGGGGUUCACCCCAAAAUUGAUGGUGCUUCAGAUAAGGAUUAUCAAUCGGGUGUGGCUGAAUUGAAAUCAAAAUUAGGUGACAUUAAUCCAAUCAGUUAUAAAUCAAUUGGAAAGAUUUCUCCAUAUUUCGUUGAAAAAUAUGGUUUCAGUGUAAAUACUAAUAUAUACUCUUUCACUGGUGAUAACUUGGCUACCAUCAUUUCCUUACCUUUAUUACAAAACGAUAUCUUGAUUAGUUUGGGUACUUCCACCACUUGUUUAUUAAUUACUGAAAAUUAUACUCCUUCUUCUCAAUAUCAUUUGUUUAAACAUCCAACGAUGCCAAACCAUUAUAUGGGUAUGAUUUGUUAUUGUAAUGGUUCGUUGGCAAGAGAACGUAUCCGUAACUCAAUUAAUGAAAAAUAUCAUUUAAAACAAAAUGAUUGGUCUAAAUUUAACGAAAUUUUAGAUUCUUCUAAAAAAUUCGAUGAUAAACUAGGUAUUUACUUCCCAUUAGGUGAAAUUGUUCCAAAUGCGUCUGCACAAAUUAAAAGAUUUAAAUUAGAUUCUAAUGAUAAAUUAGCUGAAGUUGGUGAUUGGGAAAUUGAAGAAGACGUAUCAUCAAUUGUGGAAUCACAAACUUUAAGUUGCAGAUUAAGAUCAGGCCCAAUGUUGACCAAUUCUCAAUCUAAAGACUCAUCUUCAAACUUGCACUCUUCCAAACUCAACUCCAUCUAUCAAGACUUAACUCAAAGGUUUGGUGAAUUAUACACUGAUGGUAAAAAACAAACUUUUGAAUCAUUAACUGCAAAACCGCAUAAAAUUUAUUACGUUGGUGGUGCUUCAAAUAACUUAAGUAUUAUCAAAAAGAUGGGUUCUAUUUUAGGCCCCACCGAUGGUAACUUCAAAGUUGAAAUUCCAAAUGCCUGUGCCUUAGGUGGUGCCUAUAAAGCAAGUUGGAGUUUCAAAUGUGAAAAAGAAGAUAAGUGGAUUGAAUAUAACGAUUAUAUUUCAAGUUUAUUUAAUUUUGACGACGUUGAUAAUUUCAAAACAGAAGAAAACUGGGAAAACUACUUCAAUGGUUUGGGUAUGUUAGCCAAAAUGGAAGACCAUUUAAAUCAUGAUUAGAUAUUAGACAUAAAUAAAAGUACUGUUCUGUAAGA